CGAACAGAAAGCAAUACGAGGCUUAUGAGUGAAAUUAUCGGACUUGAACUUGAAAUAACGAUAUUAAUGUUGUGUCGAUAAGUUCAGUUUUUGAUAGUAGAUUUGUGUUAACGGUGUGAAUUGUAUUUGUAUACAAUUAUAAUGGAAUGGUUCUUGGGUGCCGGCAUUCUAUCCAUACUUGCCGCAAUAAUUCUCGAUGUUUUCAAUAAAUUCAAAUCAAGUCGGUGCCAUAGUACAAUAUGCUUGGUGGGAAAAACAGUUAUAGUUACGGGAGCAAAUACAGGAAUAGGUUACGAAACAGCUUUGGAUUUCGCCCGAAGAGGAGCACGAGUGAUUCUAGCAUGUAGAGACGAACAAAAAGCUGAAGUCGCAAGAGAAAAAAUCAUUCAGGCAACACAAAACCAAAAUGUAGUAGUACGAUUGAUCGAUUUCGCAUCCUUGGAAUCAGUGAGAGAAUUUGCGAAAGAAACGAUAAAAACCGAGAAACGUCUGGAUAUUUUGGUCAAUAAUGCAGGUGUUGGUGACCUACCAAAUGUAUUAACUGAAGAUGGGUUACAGAUAUUGAUGCAAGUGAAUUAUUUCGGUCCAGUUCUAUUGACUCUGCUGCUCUUAGAUUUACUGAAAAAGACCCGUCCAAGCCGAAUAGUUAAUGUUUCGUCACUAGCAGCUAAAUGGGCGAGACUGGAACCAGAACAUUUGAACCAUUGGUCUAAAUUACUGAUCUACAGCAAUAGCAAAUUGGGUAAUUUGUUGUUCACCAUCAAAUUAGCAUCUGUAUUGGGGAAUUUCGGUGUCAGUGUUUUCUCAGUGCACCCAGGAAUUGUGAAAACUGAAAUCAUGAGAACGUUGCCACGUCUCGUUAGAAAAGUGAUCGACUUUUUCGCAGGUAUAUUCAUGAAGUCAGCUGAAGAAGGGGCUCAAACAUCACUGUAUGUGUCAUUAGAACAAGGGAUUGAACAUUUAUCAGGAAGACAUUUUGAAGAGUGCAAUGUUGUGCCUACAUAUUCAACAGCACAAGAUCCAGACUUCGUGAACGCCGUGUGGAACAAAACAAUGGAAUUGUUGGAGUACGAAACAGAAUCAAGGAAUUUAUGACAGAGAUGUGGUUU